CGGCUGCAUUUUGAACUGCGCACCCGGAAGGCCAGGCCUGCGGGGCAAGAUGGAGUUGCUGCAGGUCUUGAGGCGAGGACUGCAGCAGGUCAGCGGCCACAACGGCCUCCGAGGCUGGCUACGAAUGCUCUUCAGGGCAAAUGAUGUGAGGGUUGGUACAUUAGUGGGGGAAGACAAAUAUGGAAACAAAUACUAUGAAGACAACAAGCAGUUUUUUGGCCGUCACCGAUGGGUUAUAUAUACUACUGAAAUGAAUGGCAGAAAUACAUUCUGGGAUGUGGAUGGAAGCAUGGUGCCCCCUGAAUGGCACCGUUGGCUUCACUGUAUGACUGAUGAUCCUCCAACAACAAAACCACCUACUGCUCGUAAAUUCAUUUGGACAAACCAUAAAUUCAACCUGAGUGGCACUUCAGAGCAAUAUGUACCUUAUUCCACCACUAGAAAGAAGAUUCAGGAGUGGGUCCCACCUUCAACACCUUACAAGUAAAGACACUGAACAAUUUAAACAUGUAAAAUAUGAGGCUUUUCAUGUAAUUGCACUUUUACUGCUUACUGUUAAUUAAAAUUAUUUGAUUAAACAA